AUGGCUCUUCACCAAUUUUUCACUUCAUUUCCGAGUUCUUUCAUCCAACAACAAGUCUCUUUUAAUCUUAAUCUUCCAUGUGUCCCUCGUACCAUUAACGUUAUCAACACUACAAGAAUGUGUAAUCAGACUAUUAUACGACGGUCGGGAAAUUACCGACUUCCUAUUUGGAAACACGAGUUCAUUCAAUCAUUGAGAAGUGAAUUUACGGAAGAAAUAUAUGUAGGACGGUUCAAUCAGUUGAAGGGAGAGGUAAAGAUCAUCUUGAACAAAAUAAUUGACGAUCCUCUAAAGCAACUUGAGCUUAUUGAUACCUUACAACGACUUGGUAUCUCAUACCAUUUUCAGAAUGAGAUUAAGGAUGUGUUAAAAAUAACAUAUGAGAAGAGCUAUAAAAGUGAUGAUUGGAAAAACAACAAUCUCUAUGCAACCUCACUUGAAUUUAGACUCUUAAGACAACAUGGAUUCAAUCUUUCACAAGAUGUUUUCAAUAACUUCUUCUCAGAUGAGACGAAAAGUUUCAACUCACAUUUGUCCGAGGAUUUAAGUGGAAUAUUAGGUUUAUAUGAAGCUUCAUUUUUAUGUAUAGAAGGUGAGAAUAUUUUAGAGAAGGCAAAACAUUUUACAAUAAAGUAUUUAGAAAAAUAUAUGAGAUCAAGCAAGGAUGAAAAUGAAGCAGCCAUUAUUAGACAUGCGUUGGAACUUCCUUUACAUUGGAGAAUGCCAAGAUUAGAAACAAGAUGGUUCAUUGAUAUCUACGAGAGAAAAGUGGACAUGAAUCCUAUUCUUCUUGAAUUUGCUAAACUUGAUUUCAAUAGGGUCCAAUCUAUCCACCAACAAGAUUUGAAAUAUGCAUCAAGUUGGUGGAAGGGCAGUGGACUUGGUGAAAAGUUGAAGUUUGCAAGAGAUAGAAUAAUGGAAAAUUUCUUUUGGACAGUUGGUUUUGGAUUUGAACCUGAAUUCUCAUAUUAUAGAAGAAUGGCCACAAAAAUCAAUGUAUUCAUAACAACAAUAGAUGAUGUUUAUGAUGUCUAUGGUACAUUAGAUGAGCUUCAACUCUUUACUGAUGCAGUUGAGAGGUGGGAUGUUGCUGCAUUAGAUCAGCUUCCUGACUAUAUGAAAAUAUGUUUUCUUGGUCUUCACAACUCUAUAAAUGAGAUGGCUUUUGAUAUACUAAGAGACAAAGGAAUCAAUGUCAUCCAAUACCUUAAGAAAGCGUGGGUAGAUUUGUGCAAAACCUAUAUGUUGGAGGCAACAUGGUAUCACACUGGUUAUAAGCCAACAUUGAAAGAAUAUUUAGAUAAUGGAUGGAUUUCAAUAUCAGGACCUGUUAUAUUAGUUCAUGCCUAUGUUUUUGUGACAUCUCCAACAAUCAAAGAUAUGGAGAGCUUCAAACAAUAUGUUGAUAUGAUUCGUUGUUCAUCAACAAUUUUGCGACUUGCUGAUGAUUUAGGAACAUCAUCGGAUGAAUUAGAAAGAGGUGAUGUUCCAAAAUCAAUACAAUGUUACAUGAAUGAUACGGAAGCCUCAGAGAGUAACGCUCGUAAACAUAUAACACAUUUGAUUGAUGAGACAUGGAAGAAGCUAAAUAAGAUUGAACUCGAGAAUUCAAUCAUCCCUCGAGUGUUCAUCGAGAGAGCUAAGAAUCUUGCUAGAAUGGCUCAAUGCAUGUAUCAAUACGGGGAUGGACAUGGCAUAGCAAAUGAAGAAACAAAAGAUCGUGUAAUGUCUCUACUUAUUCGACCAAUUUCCAUUAAUCCAUAUAGUGAAUGA